AUGAAGUACUCUGGUGCCGCGUUUGUGUUGCUCGCUGCCCUGGCUACGCUAAGCCUGGCGGAGCAGGUGUCCUACCGCAACUACAAGGUGUACGAUAUCCAGGUGGAUAGCAUUGAGAAGCACACGGUUCUGAAGCGAUGGGAAGAGGUGAAGGGUGUGGACUUCUGGGAUCGGGCUGGCAAGCGCGUGAUGAUUGCCCCGAUGCUGCAGGAUGCCUUUGAGCGGUUCCUGACUAUGAAUGGGUUCACCUUCGUGCGAUCUAUCGAAGAUGUUGAGGCCACGAUCGAAGCAGAGCGUCAGUACGAUCAGGAGUAUCGUCGCCGGAAGGCGGCUUCCGGUCGGGCGACGGUUGACUUCGAGCACUUCUGGACCAUCGACGAGGUCGAAACCUAUCUCGAGACCCUAGCCUACGAGUAUCCGAGCUUGGUGAGGGUGGAAACGAUCGGUACGUCGCAUCUGGGUCGCCGCAUCAAAUCGAUCACGAUCUCAACCAACAAUGGAGUGGCCGGGACGAAACCGAUCGUAUUCAUCGACGGUGGUAUUCAUGCGCGCGAAUGGGCCGGCGUCAUGUCGGUCGUCUACCUGAUCCACGAGCUGGUCGAACACUCGACCGACUACGCGGACCUGCUGGCCAAGGAUUGGGUGAUCGUUCCGGUGGCGAAUCCGGAUGGUUAUGAAUUUUCGCACACCAGCAACCGGAUGUGGCGCAAAAACAGGUUCCCCGCGACCGUGCUUUGUACCGGUAUCGACCUAAACCGGAACUGGGACUAUAUGUGGGUGUUCUCGAGCAAUGCCUGCUCCGAUAGUUACGCCGGCACGUCCGCCUUCUCUGAGCUGGAAACUCAGGCCCUGAACCGUGUUAUGCUGCGUUAUCAGUCGGACAUCGUGCUCUACCUGGCGGUUCACACGUACGGUGACAUGAUCCUGUACCCGUACGGUCACUCGUGGCCGUUCGUACCGGUCACGAACCAGGCCGCCCAUAUUGCGCUCGGUGAGCAGGCACGGGCAGCCGUCACCGCCGUCGGUGGUCCAGAUUACAUCGUCGGCAACAGUGCCGAGAUUCUGUACACUGCCAACGGUUGCAGCGAUGACUACGCGGCCGGCGUCAUCGGUGCACGCUAUGCCUACACGCUCGAGCUGACCGGUGGUGGAUCAACCGGAUUCGAUCUACCGGCUAGCGAGAUCCAAAACGUCGCUACCCAGACCUUCGAGAUCUUCCGUACCAUGGCCAACAAUGCCUACAAACUGUACGAGCUCCUCGUGAAGGACUCCGACCAUGUGAAUGAGCUGAACUUCUGGUACAACGAGGGUACGCUGGACUUCUGGAGCCAUGCAGCCCCGAACCGCUCGGUCACGGUCAUGAUUAGCCCGCGCGUUCGCCGUCGCUUCGAGCAGAUGCUAAAGGAGGAGGACAUCGAGUUCAAGCUGAUGAUGGAGAACGUACAGGAGAUGCUGGAUGCUGAGAAGGCCUGGCGCAAGGAACAGGAGCGCAUUCGCCCAACGAACGGUGCGAUCGACUUCAACCACUUCUGGACGCUGGACGAGAUUAACAACUACCUGGAGAAGCUGUCCGUGGCCUACCCGAAGCUGGUGACGCUGGUCGAGAUUGGCAGGACCACGCUGAACCGCCCGAUCAACGCGGUCACGAUCUCGACGAAGGGACGCAUCAACCAGAAGCGCCCGGUCGUGCUGAUCGAUGCCGGUCUGCAGGCACGCGAGUGGGCCUCCCAUAUGGCGGUGAUGCACCUGAUCCACCAGCUGGUCGUUAACUCCGACGCGAACCAGGAGCUGCUGAAGAACACCGAUUGGGUUGUGGUUCCGGUUGCGAACCCCGACGGAUACGCUUAUUCCCACGAAAUGAACCGUCUGUGGCGCAAGAACCGUUCCGCCGGUAAAACAAUCUGCCCGGGUGCUGACCUUAGCCACAACUUCCCAUUCCGCUGGCACUACACCUCGAACUCCUGCACUGAGGGCUACUCGGGUAGCGCGCCAGCUUCGGAGAGUGAGACCCGUGCGCUGAUGCUGUUGAUGGCGCAGUACGCACGCAGCAUGAAGAUGUACCUGACGGUGCACGCUUGUGGCGAGUACAUCCUCUAUCCGUACGGCUACGAUAACGUGCAGGUUCCGAACGCGGCCGUUCUCCAUAUGCUCGGUGAGCAGGCAGCGCGCGCUGCCCGUAAUGUCCGUGGUACGGUGUACCAGGUCGGUAGUGCCGGCAGUCUGCUGACCCCGCAGACCGGCAGCGCUGACUUCGUGUACGGUAGUUUCGGUGCCGAGUUUACGUACACGCUGGAGCUGCCGUGUGGCCGCACCGGUAGUGCCUUCCUGCUCGAGACCGACCGUUUGGCCCAGGUGUCGGCCGAGGCGUUCGAGAUGUUCAAGGUGUUUGGUAAGUUUGCCGGCAGUACGACCGUUGGCCGCCCGUACGAUUCGACCAAGGGUAACAAGGUAAAGGAUACCAAAGCAGUGACCGAUGAGGCCGACGCCUCAUCCUCCUCGGCCAAUGAGGACACACAGGAGGACGAAGCUGUGGGAGUUACUGGAAGCUCUCUAGCUCGUUGCCGGUCUGGACGCCGACUGCGGCCGGGACUGUGUGUGCGUUUGGGAACGCGGAUGAAUGACGAAUGUGUCCGGUUGGAUGUGUUGGAUGCGACGACGACGACUACGACCGAGAUAGAGGUGAUACGGUUGGUGAUAAGCUCACGUAGCCGAAAGCCGCUCGCGCCUUCAUCGGAAGCUUCCAAGCAGUUACGGUUUGACCGUGUUCGGAGGAGCACGCACGCACCUCGAGUCGCAAUGAAGUCGCUCGCCGUUGUUUGUUGUUGUCUGGUGGCCUUGGCCUUCGCCAAAGCCGGUUCUUACCAUGGGUUUGAGCUGUACACCGUGCGACCGGAAACGCAGGAGCAGCUGACGGAGCUGCUGCGAUGGCCGGUGCAGGCGGACGUGGACUUUUGGGAUGCACCGAAGCUGAACCGUGAGUCGCGCAUGAUGACGGCGAGAACGGACCGGAAGGCGGUGGUUAACUUCCUGGAGCGGCACGACAUUGACUACGAGCUGGUGGUUGAGGAUGUACAGGAACUACUGACGAAGGAAAAGCGUCGCAAUGCGGAGUAUCUGCGCCGGGUCCGGCGGGAUUCGAAUUCGCGGGCCACGAUCGACUUUGACCACUUCUGGCCGCUGGAGGAAAUUUACGAUUAUCUGGACGAACUGGCGGCGGCGUAUACGGGCCUGGUGCGCGUAUCCGAGGUUGGUACGACGCACGAGGGCCGUCCAAUCAAGGCUAUCACUAUCUCGACGAACGGGGUGAUCGAUCAAAGCCGACCAAUUGUCUUCAUCGAUGGUGGCAUCCAUGCCAGAGAAUGGGCCGGUGUGAUGUCGGUGAUGUACAUGAUCCACGAGUUCGUGGAACACUCGGACCAGUAUGCGGCCCAGCUGACGAACGCCGAUUACGUCAUCAUACCCGUACUCAACCCGGAUGGCUAUUCGUACACGCACCGGGAGAACCGAUUGUGGCGUAAAAAUCGCUCACAAGUUUCGAUUCUGUGCUACGGGGUGGACUUGAACCGCAACUUUGCCUAUCAGUGGCAGUGGACGAGCAGCGAGUGUACAAAUAACUAUGCCGGGAAGGCGGCUGAGUCCGAGAAGGAAACGCAAACCAUGGUGGCACUGAUGGAUCAGUACAAGAGCGCCAUCCGCGUCUAUCUGGCGGUGCACACGUACGGUGAGCUUAUCCUGUGGCCCUGGGGUUAUGACUUUAUCCAUUCGGAUAAUGCGGCCGAUUUGCAGCGGCUGGGCGAGCAGGCCCGUGACGCGCUGGUGGCGGCCGGUGGUCCCACGUACGAGGUCGGCAAUUCGGCCGACAUACUGUACACGGCCUCGGGUGCUACGGAUGAUUACGCACACAGCCUCGGUGUACCGUUUGCGUAUACGCUCGAGCUGACCGGUGGUGGUCUGGAAGGAUUCGAUCUGCCGGCUUCCGAGCUGCCAAAGGUGACGGCCGAUACGUUCGAGUUGUUUAAGGUCUUCGGUCAACAUGCCGGUACGUUGACGGUGCCGUAAGCUAUCCUACGCCUUGUCCUCUCGCACGUUUGUCAUCAUCGUUGCCGUCAUCUGUGUUGUCGGAGGUGACGCGUUUGGUAGCGGAUUUCAUUGAAGCAAUAAAACGGAACCAAACGGACCAAUCGUCGUUAUCUGUUGAUGUUGAUUGCUGUUGAUUGCGGAACCUCUUAUCGGUCGCACCGAGGCGCUACCAUUCGAUCAUUCGACAGCUGGAGUGGCCAUUGCGGACUUAACGUAAAUAUCGGACGCUACGCCGUUAGUUAAUAUAGUUAAGAAGAACCCUUGGAUGCGCUGUUAUGAAUGGUUAUCGCUUGGUUUUUGUUCGCUCUGGUAGAUUAACGAGAACGAUUGAAGGCGAACAGUGCAACUAAUCGCAUUAGUAAACACAACAAGCAAAUAGCACUGGAUACUACAAAGUAAAAUGAAGUAGAAUGAAUUGCAAAAUGCGAAUACAACUAACC